UAUGAUUAUAAUUACAGCAAGGAAGUUGUAUUUAAAAAAUUUCAAGAAGUAGCAUUCACCAUGGUGAAAAACGGCGAACAUGAAAAACUAGUCAUCAUGUGAGAUCAAAAGGUAAAGCCAUGGCCGGGGACGACGACUGCCGUUGCUGCUGCAGCUUCAUAUUCACCUCCGGCCUCACUGCUCUCUUUAUGUGGCUCAGCCUGCGCACCUACAAACCCACUUGCUCCAUCGAACGCUUCUACGUUCCUUUCCUCAACACCACUGACAAUUCCUCCGCCGCCAGGAACAACCACACCCUCUACUUCGAUCUCAAGCUCAACAAUGGAAUGAAGGACAAAGGCGUAAACUACGCUGACAUCAACCUCACCUUUUUUUACACGCAAAACACCUCUAGAAUCCCCGUAGCCAACUACACGGUGCCGGGGUUCCACCAGGGCCACGAGAAGAAAGCUCACCGGAAACAGCUGGUCGGGGCUAGUGGGCUGCCGUGGGCAGCAGCGCUCGACGCUGUUUCAAACGGAUCAACGGUGAGUUUUAGGGUGGAUUUGGCAACCAGGGUGAAGUAUAAGAUUUUGUUUUGGUAUACCAAAAGGGAAAGCUUGGUGGUGGGCGGCGAUGUGGCGGUGGACGACUCCGGCGGGAAGGUGAAGAAGAAGGGGAUUAAGUUGAAAUCCGGGGCGCCAGAUCCGGCGACUGUGGGACCCGUGUUUGUUUUCAGUUUGACAAUGAUUUUGUUGUUGUAACUUGUAAAUACUAAUUUUUUAUUAUUUUUUUGGGUCUUAAUGAAAUAACUCUCUUUUUCCGGGCUCA